AUGAUGUCGUCCACGACCGCGAGCGACUCGCGCGGCUCCGCCGCGAUCUUCCUCGCCGGCGGCCUCCUCGGGAUGGCGGUCGCGGGCAGCACCGCGCUCGCGCUCGCGCGACGCUCCGCGUCGAUGACGACGACGACGACGACGACCUCGACCUCGACCACCUCGACGCGCGUCGCCGCCGCGCCGGACGCCACCGCGUCGCCGCCGCCCGCGCGCCGCCGCCACGCCCGCGACCACCACAAGCCGCACCGAGAGAGGCAGCGCAAGCAGUCGAACGUCGAGGUCGAGCCCCUGCACGAGGUCCCGAUGGAGUCGUCCAGCGACGACGACGACGACGCGACGACGACGACGACGCCGACGCAGACGCAGCCGAUGCCGUCGCGGUCGUCGGCGGGGGGCUCGGGCUCCGGCGGCGUCGUGACGCUCGACGCGGACGUCACGUCCGGGAACGACGACGACACCUCGGACGCGGAGCGCGACGGCGCCGGGUACGACAGCACCGGGAUGCGCCCGUCGCCGUCGUCGAAGACGCAUCACCAGCAUCACCGGCACCGUCGCCGCGGCAGCGCGGAUUUAUUACUGGCGCAGGGAGAGCAGGACGCGCGCGGGAUCUCGCGGACGGGCGGGGAUAACGAUAAGGGGAAGGGCGACCACGACGGCGCGAUCCCGCGGUACACGCCCGGGAACAGGGCGACGAAGAAGGCGUGGACGCCGCGGUCGCCCGGGCAAGUGGAAGCGGCAGGCGAGGCGAGCGAGUUCACGGAGUACUCAGAGUUUGAAUGCGACGGCGAGCAUCUCAUGGCGGACGUGCGCGUGGUGACGACGCCGAGGGCGGGGUCGCCGCCGCCGGGCGGCGGCGGCGCGCGCGGGUACUUCGGCGGCGGUCACGAAGACGGCGCCGGGGCGUCGAUCCCGCGGCCGAGGAGCCGGCUCGGGAUGAACCGAGACGACGACGGCGGCGGCGGCGGCGACGACGGCGACGACUCCGUCGCGAACGUCGCCGAGGAAGCCGCCGCCGCGGACCGCGACGCGCGACGCCCCCCCGGGCGGAUGCUCUCCUUCGGCGCGGAUCCGCACCACGGCGCGACGAUCGAGGUCAGCGCGGCCGGGGAGCUCGUCCGCGGGGAGACGCCGAGCUGGGGGUACACGCCGGAGCCGUCCACGGCGGGGGGGUCCUCGAGACGUUCGACCGCGACGUCUCCGGGCGCGAGCGGCGGCGGCGGCGGCGCCGGGACGGCGCCGGCGACGGGGACGACGCGCGAGGCGAUCCCUUCGAUCGACGCGCGAGGGCGAGGGACGGACGGCGGGUCGAGGCUGAGCGCGGCGGCGGACCCCGCGGACAGGGCGAUCGCGCGCGCGUUGGGGGACACGUUUCACACCGCGGGGGGGACGCCGCCGCGGCGCGGCGCGUCCCCCGGCGUCGGAGGGUCGAACGAAACCCAAACCCAAAACGUUCUCCUCUCGUCGCCGCCGCGCGCGAGGACGCGCACGUCCACGGGCAACGGCGCCGGGAGCGUGGACACCUCCGUGGAGUACGCGUACGGCCGCGUCCUCGCGCCGGACGACGACCUGACGUCCGAGUGCGAGGAGGUCUGCCUCAUGAUCCAGCACUGCGUCGGGCUGAGAGACAAGUACGUGUUCGUCUCCGAGCUCGAACGCGACCCGAGCCUCGUGCGGCCGGACCCGUCGAAGCCGUACGGGUCGCACUACCCGUCCACGCCGCGGUCGAUGCGCGCGCUGUCCGGGGUCUCCGAUCCGUUCGCCGGCGGCGCGGAAGACGGAACGUCGACCGACGCGGCGGGCGGCGGCGGCGGCGGCGGCGGCGAGGAAGAGAAGGAAAACGAUCCAAGCCGCGGCCCGCGCGGGUCCUCGG